AUGGAGACCGAUGAUGAUCCUACCCCCUCGACGUUACCUUCAUCAUUCUCUCCGCUCGAAGAGGAUGACACAUUCUCGGAUGAAGAUUUUUACAUUACCAACAACGAGCAUUCAUCGUCAACCCACAAUCGUACCUUCUCUCAAUUCGCUCGUUCCACCCCUCGCUACCGGAUGAUCGGCAAGAACGGUAAUGGUGGCGUCGACGAAAACCCCCUACCAGGGAUAACGCACUCUCGCUCCCUCUCCCAACCCAUUCCCUCGUUUUCCCCGCAACGCCCGUUGAUACCCUCUGCCAAUUAUGACCAUCACAAUCAAUAUAAGAAACGAACCAAGCUGUCGUCGCGGAAAUUAUUGAAUUUCUUUGGUGACAAACCACCGCUUGAUAUCUGUGUGAAGGAGAUCGAGAAGGAAGGGUUGAAGGCGAUGUUACACUCUAAAAUACCCUUGUGCUACUUUUUGUAUUCAUUAUUGGAGGAGUAUUCCGGCGAGAAUUUGUUCUUCUUCCUAGAGGUGGAACAAUACGAAUCCUGUGAAUACGCCUACUCCUCGCAACAAUUUGCCACCGCGCAACACAUCUACGACACCUAUUUGACCCGAAAUUCCCAAUUCGAGGUCAACGUCGACGACAAGGUUCGCAAAUCUGUUGUUGCCUCCAUCAAAAGUCAACGCGAUCCUCGACAUUGCUUUGACGAGGCCAAGCGUGCAAUAUUCGUGCUACUAGAGAAUAGUUUCGCUCGAUUCAUCAGGAGCGACAUUGCUGACUUAAUGAGGCAAGAGAUCGGCGAAAAUACUACCUACUAUUCUCCAAAGGCCCGUGAUUCUGCCAUCUUUCUACUUUUCAAAUUUCUCAAUCGUCAGAAUCAAUCCGGCUCACCAUCAUCCACGUCGACCCUCAAAUCAAAACCCUCCAUCAUCAACCACCAUCAUAGAGAAAAGGAUCAUUCGCCGAAAUCCUCUCGCACCUCACCAAAACUCGUCCCCUCCCCUCCGACAUCACCCAUUCCCUCAUCGACCUCGCAAAUUUCACAAAAACGUCACGAACUUAUCAGAACAAUGAUUUACGAAUUCAUUAGGACGCUGUUGGAAAUUGACAUCGAAAAUUACUAUGAUAGAAAAGGACGAAAGUUCAAGAAUCAUUUUCACAAACCCAACCACCACGGCCAAAUGAAUAAUGAUGAUAGGCUCGACAAUCUAAAUAGAAAUUUGGGCGGAGUUGAUGAGAAUGGGAUUGGGAUUGGGGGAGGAAUGGUGACUGAGGAAAACGGGGCAUGGGAAGUUGAUUAUGAGAGCAUGUUGGACGCGAAUCGAGUCUUUGUCACCGGGUUGGGACUCGAACUGAGCGCGUUAGGAGAGGAAAACGCAGCAACACUUGACAACUCUAAUUUAAUUGAUGGGACGAUGCCAUCGACAACAAGCACGGGUACGGCCACAACUACGCCUGUUUUAAAACCUCGCAAAAGUAUGAAGGAAUUGAGGAAACAAUUUGGACGACACAAAGGUUGA